AUGACCGUGUGUUGUUCUUGCACAAUAAAAGAUGAAGAUCUAUACAUUGCUGAUGACACUAUGACUUUGCAUUGGAGCUUUCGUCAAGAAAUGCAGGUAUUGAAGAUUGAACACCAAUACGUUAUAGUGUUAUACGUUGUGUAUCAGCUAGUUUGGUUCGACAAUGAUCGAGCUGCUAGCAUUGUUUUGAUUAAUAGUGAGAGUAAUCGUCUCCGUCUAUUGAUUAUCAAGUUUGGUCUUAACUACCAGAAAGUCCCGUGUGUAAGACCUUUCGAUACGUACUUGCUCCCUGAUAAAAUAUUCAGCGGAUGUGUCCCUGCUCAUAAGCUGAUUUAUCACGUUGGUGAUAUCUGGUGCAUUUAUGGUCCAAUUGAUGGAUUGUUGUUAUUAGAGAAAGGAAAUUACAUAGACGAUGGACGAUUUGGCUGGUGGAACCCUGCAACGAAAGAGUGUAGGCUUAUACCUCAUGUUUUUUUCGAGGUAGAAGAAGGUUUGGAAGACAAUGAUCGUAGAAUAGGAAUAGGAAUAGACUUAGCUACUCAUGACUACAAAAUCAUUUGGGUAAGAACGUAUUGGAAUGACUAUGAGAGUGACAUUUUCCCCAAGGUUUAUGCAGCUGUCUAUUCGACGAAAAACAACUCAUGGAAGCACUUGGACCCUAAUUUCUCACACGAAUGUCAAAUAUGCAGCUCCCAUAAUUGCACCUACAAGAAUGGUACGUACUAUUGGAUUAGUACUAGCAAGAAGUGUAUCGCGGAAGGGAUAAACGUGUAUUUUAUACGUACAUUUGAUUUUUCAACUGAUUUGUUUGGGAGAUUUGAAGGACCACCAAUUCCAGGUGAACAUUGGGUAACUUUAUUUUUACGAGGUGGUUCAAUUGCAACAAUGUCUAGUAAAGAUGUUACACAAGCAAUGGUAGCUUUUUAUGAUAUUUGGGUAAAUAUUCAAGGAAAUCAUUGGAUUAAAGUUUAUACAGUGAAUCCACCAAUAACAGAUCAUACGUGUAUUGGAAUGUGGGAGUAUGAUAAGUUUAUUUAUGAACUAACACAGAGUUGUAAAGUGUUGUUUUAUGAUCAAACAUCUAAACAAGUUACAAGUCUUGGAUUUGAUUUUGUUGAUUUAGGCUUUGGCUCAUGUUGGGCUUUGAGUUAUAAAGAGAGCUUAUUUCCGAUAAGGAAGGAAAAACCGGGCGAGAAGGAUAAUAUUGACUACUUUAUGGUAGAUUAUUAA